UAGUUACAUAGCAAAGGACAUUAAGUGCUGUGUGAAGGUACACUGCAAAGACUACAGUGCUCUAGAAAGCACAUAACCUAGAUGAUGACAAUGAACAGUGGACAGGUAUGACUAUUUGGCUUCCUUUGGAAGCAGAGCAACAGGAAAAAUGAUAGGACAGAUGCCUGUGAAGGAGGCAGACAGCAUAGACCCAGGGCUGAGCAAUGCCAACAGGCUGCCCCUGGGGUUUCCAAGGCCAAUGAUCCAGGCAAGUUCCCCAUACCAGAACAAUAAGUAUUCAUUACCUUCCCAAGGUUCUCAGUUCCAAGGAUUUCAACAGCUUAGCAAAAUCUCACCAAACAAUUCAUCUACUGAUAUGAAAAACUUUAACUAUCAAUUGUCAAAUGUCAGUAAUGACACCCAACAAUCCAAAAUCAGCAAUCCCCAACCAAAUGUGUCAAAUUCUAUCCGCCCACAAUUCAACUGCACACAAUCAAUCCAAGACAAAAUGAUGGUGAAUAGAGCCACCAGCUCUUCUCAACUGACUCCACCAAUAAUGACAGAAGCAGAAGAGAAAUCCUGCAAUACAUGGAAGAAUAUUAGAAAAUCAUAUGUACAGAAAAAGGUGCCAGUUCGAAAAGUGUCUCAAUUUGUUCCUGAUCAAGCACCUGAUAGGAAAAGAACAACCCCUCUCAACCAUGGACAUGCCUUCCAAAAGUCAAAGCCAAUAAAUGGUGUCCACACUUGGUCAUAUAGGGACAGAGUGAUUCACCUACUGGCACUGAAAGACUACAAGAAAUCUGAACUUCUUGUUCAACUGCAAAAAGAUGGCAUCAAAAUAAAUGACACCAAUUUUCUUGGAAAAAUACUGCUGCAGGUGGCUAAUUUGAAUGCCACUACUUUGUCAUAUACUUUAAAAGACAGUAUCUUCAAAGAGGUCCAGAGAGAUUGGCCUGGUUAUAAUGAGGUAGACAAGCAGUCAUUGGAUUUGGUGCUUUCCAGAAAACUGCGACCGUUUCAUAAAGCUACCAAGGCUACCCCUUGCAAAGAAUCAUCUGUAGUUUCUAAAAUAGAUGAUGCAUCAUCCUCAAAGGAUCAUUUUCACUACUUGUCUAGUAUUGACACUUUAAUGAAAAACAAAGGUGGACUCUUUCCCCCUAAAUCUGCUAUACAGUUAACAUCAAAUGACCAAGUAAGUGGUAACAGUGAGAAAUCUUUAAUUCUGCCAUGUUCUGCAACUGCUACCAAAUACAUCCCUUUACCAUUGCCUACCUCUCAUCUGCCAAUCUCAAAUUCACCACUGCUCAUGAAAUGCAAUCAUAAUGUUUACAGUGCUCCAGAAAGAUCUGGGACUCAAAAUCCAUGUGACAGCAUCAAUCAUGACAGUGGCAUGUUUGAAAGAGAGUUGAAUAAACACACUUCAUUUGAAGCUCCAUCUUGUGUUUCAGUUCAAAAAAAGUAUUCAAAGCCAAUAGAAAUACAGAAUUUCAUGCCUGAGAAGUUCAAAUGUACAUUUGCAAAGCGAAAAACAACCAUUCCAAAUUGCAUUGCCAGCCCAAUGGAGAAACAGAAGAUAGAUUUUAAAAAACAAGAUGAAAUUAUGAAGUCAACUUCCAACAAGGAAGUUAAAAAAGUUUUCCCUGACUCUGGGAAGACAUAUUUUACACCUGGGACUCCAGAUUAUUUUGCUAAUUAUUCCAUCAUAGUUUCCUCUGACCAACGUCAGAGUUAUGAGAAGGAAUUCAGGGCAGAUUAUAAUGAAUAUCAGGCCAUGUACAAUAAGAUACAGAUUUCAUGCACACCAAUCAUUGAUUUAGAUUCAGAAAGAAAGGCCUUUUCUCCAGGAUCAAAAGAAUAUCAAGAUAUUACUAAGAAAAUUUCAGUAGCAUAUCAGAAAAUGCGACAGCUUAAUCCUAAAUUUUGUGAAGAAAAAGAUAGAUGUGUGUUUCUUUACAACAAGCUGGUUUACAUUAAGAAGUUAAUAAAUGAUUUUGACCAGCAAGAAGUAAAGUCAACACAAUAAUGGAAGGUUUGAAAAAGAAUAAACUUCGCUCAUUGAAAUUCCAGAUAACUUGCUCCAAAAUUCUAAAGGGAUGGCACUUGCAAGUGUUUUGAAACUUGCAACAAUGUUUAAAUUUAGUUUGUUUUUUUAUUUUUUUUGCAUUCCUACAAUUGUGAAGCUUCAUUUUAUGAUUCUUUAACCUCCAAUAUUUGUGCUUCCAGUACAUAUUUCAUAAUGUUAUGAACCCAAUGUCUAUGAAAUAAAAUUGUACACAUAUAAAAAUAA